GUUUCUGUUCAAGAGACUUACAACAUGACUAAACUAAAGUUUAUUAGAGCAGCUGCCACACGCUGGUUAUCACAUGGACGAGCAUGUGAAAGACUUCUGGAGCGAUACACAGCUAUCCUGGACUCCUUAGAUGCCAUUUAUGACAAGAAGAAAGAGCCAGAAAUUCUUGGCGUGAGAAACAUGCUGACUAACACGUCCACUGUUGCUGCUGCAGCUAUACUGUGUGAUAUACUAAAGCCUGUCGUUAUCUUCAGUGACUAUCUGCAGGGAGAUGUUCACUUCAGUAGAGUUAACCAAAAACUGAAGGAACUUACUGAUGAACUUGAACACCUUACUCAAAGAUUUGAAAGUGUUGCUGCAGGAAAUGACGAUCCCGACUUAUAUCUUAACAAGCUUACUGGAUUGUGGCAGGAGAUAGAUGACAGGACAGACUUGGGUAGACGAUUAAGAAAUCAAAAUGAAGUAUUUACACUUCCCCAGGUUGUGGAAGAAGUUGGGAAUCCAAUGGUGCACAAGUUAAUAAGCAGGCUGCAGGAUGGAUUUCACUGCUCCCCUGUUUUGCAUGGCUUUAGGAUCUUCGAAUUGAAGAAUGUACCUUUCAACAUUGAUGAGUUGAAUGAUUUUGGAAAGGCAAAGAGCAACUGCGGAUGAACUUGGGGAUCCUCUUUUCCUUCUGAAGACUCUUGUUACUGAUGAUGUUCUGAGGAGAAAUUACCCAGCUAUGCAACACUUGAUAAUGCUGGCAGCUUUGAUUCCCAGUUCAACAGCGUGUGUGGAGAGAAUCUUCUCACUGAUGAAUACUAUUGUCACAAAAUUGAGAUCAAGCUUGAAUCAAAAAAGUACAGAUCACAUUAUGAGGAUCGUAUCAGAGGGUCCAUGUCUUGCUUUACCAGACCGACAGUUACAGAAUGCUAUUAACAAAUUUAGAGCAUUAAGAGACAGGGCUUUGGACUUCUGAAACAACAAUAAACUACUUUGAAUCUAUAAGAGAAGAAAUUUUUAGUUGUUUUUCUUAUAUUUGUCAAUAUCUUAAAUUUUCACAAUUUUAGUCAAUACCGCGAUAAUUUUCACAAUUCUGAAGG